CGCUAUCGAGGACCUUGGCUGGCACUGAUUAGCCCACAGGCCCACCAUUUUUUGAAAGAAACCCCAAAAGGUCGAGCGCAUUUUGAAUUGCACAAUCGCAACACCAAACUUUUCACAUCCAGAACUCGAAGUUUCAGUCUCCGCCUCAACUCGCGGUUAAACCGAUUGACUACUCGUGUUCUUUACUCACCAAAACUGUACGUUGCAGGUCCUGGCGCUCGAUCCCAAGCUCCCGAUCUCAUCAUUGCAUCCGCGCAAGCUGCCCACAUGAUCUGGCGCAUGCGCAAAGUUCCAGUUUCGUGGGCCACAUUGCUGACUUGAAUUAUUCACCCAGUCACAAAACCAGCAAAAUGAAGCACGUCGCCGCUUACCUUCUCCUCACCCUUGGUGGCAACUCCAGCCCCAAGGCUUCCGACGUCAAGGAGGUCCUCGCCUCCGUCGGUAUCGAGGCUGAUGCCGAGCGUCUCGAGAAGCUCAUCUCUGAGCUUGACGGCAAGGACAUCAACGAGCUGAUCUCUGAGGGUUCUUCCAAGCUCGCUUCCGUCCCCAGUGGUGGUGCCGGUGGUGCCCCUGCUGCUGGUGGUGCCGCCGCCGGUGGUGCUGCCGAGGAGGCCAAGGAGGAGGAGAAGGAGGAGGACAAGGAGGAGUCCGACGAGGACAUGGGAUUCGGUCUUUUCGACUAAGCGAUCCACCUCACACCCCUUGGACCGUCUUACGAGGCAAUGUGAAUCAGGAGAAGUGGCACGGAAAACUGGCUGCAAUGGUCUUGCAUGGCAUCGGCAACUGGCGUGGAAGGUUAUGCAUUUCAUGAGUUUCACGAGGUUCUACCGGAUGGUAUAUCGGACAAGUUUCUAGGUUGAUGUCCUUGUAACAAAUCAAGUCCUGCUUCUUCUGAA